AUGGUCGGUACGUUCUCACCUCUGACAAUAUGAAGCUGCUGAAACAUCUCCUCUCUGUAGGACAGCUCCCUUUUCAUCUGAUCAUGGAAAUUAUCUGGGGAGCAAUUAGAAUAGCUUAGUCAUCUUUAGUGUAGCCUAUAAACUAGCCUACUCGGCUAUUCUUUUAACAUGUCAUCCUACCGGGGCAAAAUGGAAUCUAGCUUCCUAAAUUACCAUUGCAGGUGCAACAAAUAGCCAUAUGCGUUUGAUAGAAACAUAAAUGACAAUCGAACCAUGCAAUACAAAACUAGCAUGCACUAAUCCCGCGUUCACAUACUACUCGGAACAAGGAAACCCAGAAAUGUCCGACUUGCUAACUGGUUGAACACGGCACGUAUAUAACUACAACCAGUUAGCAAGUCGACAUUUCAGAGUUUCCUAGAUCCGACUAGCACGUGAACACGGCAUUGUCAAAUAAAACGUAGUGCAAAACCUAAUCGACUUGUUUUUGUUCAGCGUUCACGAUGCUGAUCAUGACAAGCAUGACAUGAAGAGAAACACUCAUAAAAAAAUAUACUCUAACCCGUUGGAAUCAAAAACUAUUAAACUGUGAAAUUUGAUCAGAUGAACAAUAGCUUAGUUUCCAUGAACUUGUCCAGUGUUUUUUAUUUGUUAUUUUUUUCAGGUGUUCUAAUAUUUGCCACAUUCUAAUAAUGGUCAUGUGUCUACCGUAUCGCCACGGAUCUGGAGCCCAGGCACGGUGGGCUGCCUAGGCACGGUGGGCUGCCUAGGCACGGUGGGCUGCCCAGGCACGGUGGGCUGCCCAGGCACGGUGGGCUGCCCAGGCACGGUGGGCUGCCUAGGCACGGUGGGCUGCCCAGGCACGGUGGGCUGCCUAGGCACGGUGGGCUGCCCAGGCACGGUGGGCUGCCCAGGCACGGUGGGCUGCCCAGGCACGGUGGGCUGCCCAGGCACGGUGGGCUGCCCAGGCACGGUGGGCUGCCUAGGCACGGUGGGCUGCCCAGGCACGGUGGGCUGCCUAGGCACGGUGGGCUGCCCAGGCACGGUGGGCUGCCCAGGCACGGUGGGCUGCCCAGGCACGGUGGGCUGCCUAGGCUAGUCGAUGCCAUGGUGACGCUGCCACUCCUGUAGAUCUGAAAUAAUUGGAUGGUGAAACUUGCCAGCCAACCAGAAAAGCAAGGCGAAGCAAUUCUGGCAUUCUUGAAACUCAGGAUAAUCCCUGUCCUGCAAAGAAACAUUAUUUUUAUAACUUGAAAAAAAAAGAAUAUUUGCAAGCAGUAAACUAGGCAUUUACAAUGAAAUGUGGAGCGGAGCUUAUAGUUACGUGAUGACAUCACGUGCCCCGCGUACCUUCAGAAGUAUUCCGCAAUCAUCAUUUAUCCUAAAAACACCGUUUCCAUCAUCAUUUAUCCUAAAAACACCGUUUCCAUCAUCAUUUAUCCUAAAAACACCGUUUCCAUCAUCAUUUAUCCUAAAAACACCGUUUCCAUCAUCAUUUAUCCUAAAAACAACCGUUUCCAUCAUCAUUUAUCCUAAAAACACCGUUUCCAUCAUCAUUUAUCCUAAAAACACCGUUUCCAUCAUCAUUUAUCCUAAAAACACCGUUUCCAUCAUCAUUUAUCCUAAAAACACCGUUUCCAUCAUCAUUUAUCCUAAAAACACCGUUUCCAUCAUCAUUUGUCGCAGAAAAGUUAGUUCGACAAAAGAGAAAUACACCGUCGAACAGAUAAAAAUGUUGUUGAUCUUUAGAAAAUGUCUCCUAUAUCUGCCGUUUCCAUUACACGUGUCACAAUGAUAUAUUUUUUUGCGACAUUGCUUUUGUCCAGCCAGCCAGCCAGCCAGCGUGGAAUAAUCCUGGGUCAAUGGAAACCUGCCUACUGAAUUAUACCUUUUAAAUGUUGGAAUUCUCGUUCCAGUUUCUUCCUUAGCUCCACGAGUUGUUUCUGCAAUUCGUCUGUAGAAAAGGAACGAACAAAUGUGUUAAAAAUAGAAAAUCAAUACGGGUUGAAAAUUGCUUCGGGGUUUAGGCUAAACGGUAUAGGCUGAAUGGUGUCGGUUAAAUUGUAUAGGCUCAUUUAUGUUUAACGAUUCAUGUUAAGCGAUUGGUAAAAGGCCUGGGGUGAAAGCUGUUCUAUUUCUUUUCUAUUCUGUAGGGAUCAUUUAGGGAUCAUUCCAAUUAUUAAAUAAAGGAUAUAAUAAACAUUAACAUAGUUAAACAAAAUAGACCAACAUGUAUUAUUAAUAACAAUAUUAAUACAAAUUAUAAAUGUUAUUUAAUGGUCUUACAUUUUGCCAGUUUUUCUAUGUCUGUCUGAGUUUGUGUGAGACUCUGCUAACAUUGUGCGUCGCUUCCUCGUCUGAAUAUAUACAGAGACAACAUUUAUAACAUUACAAAAUAUUUAAAAAAAAAUUGGCUAUAAAAUAGAGGCUUAAAUAUUUGUAUAUCAAAAGUUCUGACAGAAAAUGUCAAAUACCCUAUUAGCGACCGACAAGUGUAGCACUUGAACUAACCCUCGUUCAGUUCUUCUCUCGGGCUCUCCUCACUGUUUUGGCCGUUAUAAGACUUGGUUUCAACCUCUUCCACUGUCGAAGAAGGCUCCUCUCUACUGGCACUGUCAUCUGAAUAAACAACAAAUAAGUCUCGUUCCUUUUCACAAAAUGUAUUUUAUUAUAAAAAUGUUAACAGAACGACAUCCAACCUUUCGAUUCCACAUUGUCUGUCUGGUAAUUCGUUGCUGAACCAAAAGCAUAUGGACUUCUCCUUUGUUGCAUAUCACUCCUGUCCGGUGAAUACACCUAGAUAAAUCGGACAGGAUACUGAGGAUAGUUGGUGAAUUGCAUUCAAUAAUACUCUCUGACAUUGGGACAAAUUCGACUAUUGGAUAGUGUCUUUGAACGGUCUUUGAUUAUCUGCUAUUCACACAGACAAAACAAACACGUGCAUAAAAUAAAAGAUGAGCCCAAUGUGUGGGUAAAAGCAAGAGGAUGAUGACUUUUUAAUUAAUCAAUGAAUUAAUAACAACUAAAAAGUAUAUUCCUUAGUAUGUAAAUGGUCAUUUCAUAUAAUGAGCAGGCCCAUAUCAAUCACUCACUUCAACAAAAGACGUGGUCUUAUUGCUGUCCGGCAGCUGUUUGCCCUGUCUAUCUCUAUUUGAAGACAGCACCACGUGUAGUGGUAGGUUCAUUCUCUGUGAGUCGACCACAGCGGCCUGCUCCGGCUCUGGGACGGAUUCCAGGCCGUUUGGUGAACCUGCGCCGCCCGUCAGGUUUAGAAGAGGGAUAGGGGGGCUCCUGCAGUCCUCAAUGGAGUGCGGAAGUGACUCCUCAUCCUCCUGUGAUUUAUUGGUCUCCACGUCCACAUCUGGCUCGCCAACGCUGUCCACGCUGCAUGGGGACAAGGACCUGUAGCUCGAGCUCUCGCUCAGGAAAUCAGGUGACAGAUACCCAGCUCGAGUCCCGUUGUACUUCCCCCGGUUACAGUAAAGUUUGGCUAUACUCUCAGCGUCUUUGAUGACGGGUCUGAAUGCGGAGACAUAGCUAACCUUCUCGGGUAGAAGGGGCAUUAUACCGUCCAUUGACCUCGCCUCAUCCCCGGACUUGUUGUCCUCAUUCCGGGUGGACUGAGUGCUGGAGCAACGCUCACUGUCCACCAGGCUGUUCUUCGGUGUGUUAUUAUUUCUGUCACCCUGCUCGGAUGCGUCCAGCUCACUCUGUCUGGCGCACAGGACCGCCGAGGGCUGCUUGGGCUGGGCCUGGCGCUGUGGCUGGAGGUGGGGGUGGGGGUAGGACGGCAUGGGGAGGCCGUCUGCAGUUGGCCAGAACAUGGGGAAAGAGUGGUAGGCGCUGUCCUUGGUGCGAGGCCAGGAGAAGACCCCAGAGAGGUGGGCUUUAUUUGGCUCCCCCAUCACACCACCGUCACCCUUCUUCUGACACAACCCGAAGGCCGGAACCGGAAACCCGUAGGGGUGUGGGAAGAGAGGUGGAGGGAUCUUCACGUUCUGCAGCAUCCCGAAGCUUUUGCUGGGCACCGGGAUAACGGGAUAGCUGCGCGUGAUGCUCGUCACACUCCCCAUGCCUCCCCGGUUGUCCUCGCAGCGGACGAUUUUAGGGGGGGUCUCCGGUGAGUCUCUCCGGGGCAGGUUGAAAGGUUCUUGGUGAGGUUUUAACGGAGAGGAACGUUCGGACCCGUGGCUGUGCAUGGGCAGCGUCCUCUUCCGGUUGCCCCCGUUGAACAUGGCUUUGACGUCCUCCCACGCAUGAGCUACGUCAUCCGGUGAGCCCUUGUCAGUCAGUUGGAGGUGUCUCCUCCAGGAGUUAAAGUUAGCAGCGUCUGGCUGGGUAUACUUGGACUCUGAUGUACGGUGAGAGUGGAAUAUGAACUUAUUUGGUGAAAAAUACAUAUUGCAGUAGAAACACUUGAUGCACUUGGCUCGGGAGCUGUUGUACCUGGCUGGUAUAAAGUUACCACGGCUCCCCCACGUGCACUCGUGGGAAACAUCAAACGCGAAAUUCUCCGGUAGUCUUGGAGGGUUGUGGGCUCCAAGAAACGAUUUACAAAGCCUCUCGGCUUCGCGCUUUGUGAUCAUCCCACAGCGCCUCGAGGAGAUGGGCAUGGCGCCCGCGCGCCUCAGUAUCUCCAGCUGGACCGGGGUGCACUGCACGCAGGUGAUGCCCAGAGCCACGCGCCGGUUGUGGAUCUCGUUGUAG